AUGAGUACCUUCGCCUUUUUACAUGACCUGGAGUCUAGUCCUUUGGCCGAUGGCACUGCACUCCACUGCACUUACGUCGCACGGGUAGAAGACGGUCACACAGUCACUAGGCACUGGUUCGCAGACCGGCAGCAAGCGACGUUGGAAUGUGGAGUCCGCGGCGACCGGGGCGGCUCUGACCGGCCGAAGGCGACGUCGCAGCGGCUCGCUUGCCCCGCGCCGUCCGUUUAUUUUUAG